GGGCUUCUCUUUCAUUUUGUAAGGAGGAGAGAGGAGGGGGCUAGGGGACAGUGUGGGCUUAAAGCUUAUAAAGAAGGCAAAAAAAUGUUCAGCUAAAGCAUCCUUUAAAGGGGGGAGGAAAUAAGCAUCUAAUUGUCAGAUAUUGCUUGUUGUUUUUAUUAUUUUUUAUUUUUAUCUUUAUGUUUAAUCUGUUAUGUUUUACAUGGAGUAAAAAAAAAUAAGAAAGAAAAUAAAAGGGCAAUUGGGAAAAAUAGUGGACACCAACAUCUACUGAAUGAAGAGACCCAACAGAUCAGUGCCUCUUGUUUGGUAAUUCCAAGAUCCUGCUUCAGGAAGAUACAAAGAGCAACAAACAAACACAAAAAAAAAAAAAAAAAGGUCAAGUGCCCAGAAGGAUAGCCUAAAGCUGGCAGAUCGGGAGAGCAUAGCGGGGAGCAGGGGGGGGAAGAGUUGGAGAUGCUGCUCUGGAGUUUGCUGUUGCCUCUUGGGCUCCUAUGUGCAGCCUUGGCAAGUGCCUCUAAGUGUGGGACGGAUGAGCGCUCGCAACGAGCACGGAAAAGCCGCAGUUUGCGCAGUGUUCAGGAGGGCUCCUGGAAAAACCGCAGUUUGCGCAGUGUUCAGGAGGGCUCCUGCGCCACCAGCCUGACCCGGGGCCGCCGGUCCCUCAGCAGCAUAGAACACCUGAGAGGGCAUCACCACCUUCGAGAAGCAAGUGAAGGUGCUGAAUCCAUGGCACCCGGGAGAGCUCUCUAUUUCACUGGGCAUGGGGACCAGCUGCAGCUGAAGGCGGGUAAUGAGUUGCCAGGGGACGCGUUCACCUUACAAGUUUGGCUAAGAGCCGAGGGAGGGCAGAGGUCCCCAGCAGUUGUUGCAGGACUUUAUGACAAAUGUACUUAUACUUCUCAUGAUCGAGGAUGGGUUCUUGGAAUUGAAGCCACGAGUGACCAGGGUACAAGAGAUCCGCACUUUUUCUUCUCCUUGAAGACAGAUCGUGCUCGGAAAAUUACCACCGUCACUGCUCAUCGCAACUACCUCCCAAAUCAGUGGGUCCAUCUAUCCGUAACCUACAAUGGUCGUAUAAUAAAGAUUUAUGUCAACGGGGCACAAGUGGGAACAAGUACUGAACAAGUUGGCCCAAUCUUCAGCCCUUUUGCUCGGAAAUGUAAAACUCUCAUGAUUGGUGGAAAUGGUCAAAAUCAGAAUUAUAGAGGCUAUAUGAAGCAAUUUAGACUUUGGAAAACAGCUCAAACACAGAAAGAAAUAUUGCUUGAUAUGGGCCAUGCGUUUCAUAAACUGGGCACUUCUCUACCUCAACUUGUUCUUCAGGAUAGCUUUGAGAAUGUGAAAAACAACUGGUCUCCCAUGAAAGAUGGUAAAAUCCCACAAACAGAAAAUAUUUAUCUCCAUGUUUUAUCGCUAGACACAAAUUUGGACCUUCCUCAGUGUGGGCAAACCAUUUGUGACAAUUUGCAGGUGAUUUCUAGCUACAACAUGGUUGAAGGCUUUCGUGGACCUAGAGUUGUGAGGUAUACAGUGGUCAAUGUCUAUGAUGACAACCAUGAGAAUCCAACAGUCACCAAAGAACAAAUUGAGCUUCAACAUAAAAAGCUGAAUGAGGCAUUUAGCCCAUACAACAUCACCUGGGAACUAAAUGUGUUGGAAAAGAAUGACUCCUUCUUGCGUUACCGUCUUAUCCUUACCAACUGUGACAUCACAAAGAUUGGUAGCACUGAAUGUGAUCCAGAGUGUAACCAUAAGCUUACUGGUUAUGAUGGUGGUGAUUGCCGUGGACGCAGCUCUUGUUUGUACUCCAGCAGGAAAGAAAACAGUGUGUGCGAUAUGGACUGCAACAUUGAGGAUUUAAAUUAUGAUGGUGGAGCUUGCUGUAAUCCAAAUGUCACUGAUGUCACAAAGACGUGCUUUGACCCAAAAUCACCUUACAGAGCUUACUUAGAUUUGAAUGAGCUAAAACAUCGGCUAAAUGUGACUGGGUCAACGCAGCUCAACAUAUUCUUCGCAAACUCAUCGGAAGAGGAGCUGGCUGGGGUAGCCACAUGGCCGUGGGACAAGGAGGUUCUCACACAUCUUGGUGGCAUUGUUAUGAAUCCGUCAUUUUUUGGAGUCCCUGGCCACACACAUACUAUGAUCCAUGAGAUUGGGCACAGUCUGGGACUCUACCAUGUCUUUCGUGGCAUCUCAGAGGUUUUAUCCUGUAGUGACCCUUGUAUGGAAACAGAUCCUUCCUAUGAAACAGGAGAUCUCUGUCGUGAUACCAACCCAUCCCCGAAGCAUAAAACAUGUGGAGAUCCUGUUCCUGGGCCAGGAAAUGACACUUGUGGCUUUCAAACAUUUGUCAACACACCAUAUAAUAACUACAUGAGCUAUGCAGAUGAUGACUGCACUGACUCAUUCACUCCCAAUCAAGUGGCCAGAAUGCACUGCUAUCUAGACCUAGUAUACCAAGGCUGGCAGCCCUUCUUCAAACCAUCACCGGUAGCAAUUGCGCCCCAGAUUAUAGAGCAUACCCAUACCUCAAUCACUCUGGAGUGGUUUCCCCCCAUUGAUGGAUACAUCUUUGAAAGAGAUUUGGGAACAGCUUGCCACUUGUGUGUAGAAAAAAGGAUCCUGGUGCAGUAUGCCUCCAAUGCAUCUUCUCCAGUGCCAUGUAGCCCAUCUGGUCAUUGGAGUCCAAGAGAAGCUGAAGGGCGCCCUGAUGUGGAGCAGCCGUGUGAGACAAGUGUACGCACAUGGAGUCCUGGUGCGAAUCCCAGCGAUGUGCUUCCAGUAUGUACUGGGCCACAUGGAUGUUACCUGCAGCUGGAGUUUACAUAUCCAGUGAUUCCGCAAAGUCUUACAAUCUGGGUGACAUUUGUGACCACAGAGUCUCAUACAGAAGGUGCCGAGGUGAAUGUCAAAGUUCUUACAGUCAGUGGGGAGAAUUAUUCAUUGGGUCCUCAAAGCAUCUUCUGUGAUAUUCCUCUAACCAUCAAACUGGACUACAUUAAAGUGGAAGUAUAUGCUGUUCAGAUCUACACCACGGACAAUCAGAUGGAGAUUGAUGCUGCUAUGAUCACAUCAGUGCCUAACAGUCCCUUGUGUGCAGACUGCAGUCCCAUCCACUACAUGGUGCUCCGAAACCCACAUUUUGAACAUGGUUCAUCAGCUUUGAUCUCCAGCCUCCACAGAAGAUACAUAGACAGAGAGCUGAACCAUGGAAUUGUCUACAAGUACCAGAUUGUGACAGUUACUGCAAAUGGAGAGAGUAAGCCGUCCCCAGAACUGAUAUACCGUCAUGGCAGCGGCUACUGCGGGGAUGGAAUAAUCCAAAAGGAACUCAGUGAGGAAUGUGAUGACAUGAACAAGAUAAAUGGCGAUGGCUGCUCUCUCUUUUGUCAACAAGAGGCAUCUUUCCAUUGCCUUGAUGAACCAAGCCGGUGCUAUUAUCAUGAUGGUGAUGGGGUCUGCGAGGAGUUUGAGAGGAUGACGAGUAUUAAAGACUGUGGGGUAUACACUCCAAAUGGAUUUCUGGACCAGUGGGCAUCAAAUGUUUCAGUCUCACACCAUAAUGAUCAAGAAUGCCCAUGUUCGGUAGUCAUUGGCCAGCCUACAGCUACUCAGGUUUGCCAGACUAAAGUGAUGAAAUUGAGUGAUGCAAUGUCCCAGUAUGCUUGGUAUCCAUGCACAGUCACAUCAGAUGUAAUGAAUUUCUGGUUGAAGGCCCAUUUUUCAAAACAUGUAGUUGUUGCUGCUGUGGUAAUCCACUUGGUAACAGAUGGAACGUCUUACAGUUAUCAGAAACCAGAGACCAUAAGUGUUCAGUUGAUUGAUGUCAAGGACCAAAUGCAUCCUCUUGGUGUUCAUAUUCUUAGCUGCAGGAACAAUCCCUUGGUGAUCCCUGUGAUGCAUGACCUCAGCAAGCCCUUUUACCACAGCAAAGCUGUCCUCAUUAACUUCACUUCUAAUUUGGUGGCCAUCUCUGGGGUGGCUCUGAGGUCCUUCCAUGAUUUUGACCCUAUCAAAAUCAGCAGCUGUCAAAGAGGAGAAGUUUACAGUGCAGCUGAGCAGAGCUGCGUUCACUACUCUUGUGAGGAUACCGACUGUCAGGAGUUGAUGAUUGAAAAUUCUGCUCUGAACUGUACAAAUGGUCACUACAAUGGGGCACAGUGUGAGGUGACAUGUCACACUGGUUACAGACUCAAAAUACACAGGAACAAUGACAUCUGGAAAACCCAGAUUGAUUCCCAAGUUAUAACAUGCAGAGAUGGGAAGUGGAACAAGCAGGUGACUUGUGAACCAGUUGACUGUGGCCCACCUGAUAAGCACCACAUUUACCAUGCCACAUUUCAUUGUCCUCAAGGAACCACCUACAGCAAACAGUGCACUUUCCAGUGUCACCAUUCUGCACAAAUGAGAGGCAGCAAUAAUGUGUUAACCUGCUUGGAGGAUGGCCUUUGGUCAUUCCCAGAAGCCUUCUGUGAGCUCUUGUGCAAAGCGCCACCUCCAUUACCUAAUGCUAUUCUGCAAACUGUCCGCUGUCGCUCCAAUGGUCAAAAAGUGGGGUCUUUCUGCAAGUAUAAGUGUAAUGUUGGAUAUCAUGUACCAGAUUCAUCUAAGAAGAAGAGAAAGAAGGCAUUCAAAAUUCAGUGCAAUAAGGAUGGGGACUGGCAAUAUGGUGAAUGCGUCCCUGUUAUGUGUGAGCCACCUCAUCUUAAGUUCAUAGGGCUCUAUCAGUGUACCAAUGGGUUCCAGUACAACAGCGAAUGUAAACUCCCUUGUGAUGACAGCAGUAAUAAGUCGAACUUGGGGCGUAACAUUAUCCGCUGUCAAAAAAAUGGAACAUGGAGUGACAGUUUUCAUCUAUGUGAAUACAUGAAGGGACCUUGUGAACCUCCCCAUCUUUCUUUCAUUGACCCCCUGAAAGUUAACUGCACAGAUGGAUAUGGAAUAGGAGCGGAAUGCAACAUUUCUUGUAAUGAAGGUGGGAAGAAAGAAGUGGUCAUAAUGCCAUUUAAUGUGACAGAAAGAAAUCUUCAGCACUGGAUGGACCCAGUCAGAGUCCAGAAAAUUAUCUGCACAGGACGACGGCAAUGGUAUCCUCUCCAUGAAACACUUUUCUGCAUCAAAAGGUGUGAGCCAUUCAUUGCAGACAGUUAUUGUGAUGGUGGAAACAACUGGGCUUUUUGCAAAUAUGAUGGAGGAGAUUGCUGUGCCUCCACUGUUAAGACAGGAAAGGUGACUCCGUUUCCUGCAAGUUGUGAUGUACAAGAGAAGUGUGCAUGCUUGGAUCCCCAUGCAAAGGAGAACAAUCAGAAUACUCAAAGCCCCAGCCAUGGAUAGCAUUCUGUAUGACUUGCAAAACCACAAUCAAAGGCAGACUGGAGAACACACCUCAUUUCCUCUGUUACUUUUACAUUAGCUGCUGAACUGGAUAGUGUUUCUCUACCAGAAACCGUUAUAUAUGAACCAGUCUGAACUUUUUUUUGUUGGUUUUAUAAAUGGAGAACUGGGAAAUCUGAAUCAUGAUUUUAAUGCCAUAAGGAACAAACACAAAAAUCAGAUGUGAUGAGCUGUGGUAUGGCCAGAAGACAAUGUAAAAGCCAUAAACACAUUCUUUUUUUUCUCCAGCUAGCUAGACUGGUUAAUUCAGUCCUCCUUUUCUCUCACAGAUGGUUAGGACUAAUAUGUUGAAGAUUUCAAGGUGAAACAGGAGUGACUGGUGAAUCUAGAAGACGAUGUCUAGCUUUGCAGUCAAUGCAAGCGUCAGUGUUUCUUAUUACAUCAAACCUUGAGCUGUUGGAAGGUCUAUUAGGAUGACAUCUGACUGCCUUAUAAUGGACGUUUAUGAUUUGUCCCAAUGCCACCAAAACCCAACACUAGUUGUUUGAGUGUAACUGUUGCUGCUAUUCCUGCUGCUAUGCCCCAUACAGCCAUUUUCCUUACUGUGUCAGGUCAAGUUGAAUUCAAUCCAAACAACCAGUCUGCCUUAAAUCUUGUCUUCAGUCUGCCAUUACACCCUCAGGCUUCGUCCUAUACACAGAUCACAGGGACCAAACUACAUCUUUAUCUUGAGAUGGGUUUAUACCUCCUGGUAAAGUCUAGCAUAGAGCUUGGAGAUCGGAGAUGAUAUAUAUUAAUUUUACAAAAAGUACAUGAUCAGAUUAGAUUGUAUUCAAAGGAGACUUCUACCAACAACUGGUCUUUAAUGUACUUGUGUUUUAAAUAAUCUGUAGUAUUUAACAGGUUUCGUCAGUAUUAUAUUUUAGGAUCAAUCCAUAAAAGAAAAAUAUUUCCAUGAAUGAUAUUGCCAUUCAUGGAUGGGUAUCCCUGCUUAUUCUUGGAAACACACUGCCCUUGUUUUAAUAUCCAUUAUCAAGGUUUGAUUUCAUUUUUACCAUGAUAGAAGAAUUGUGUAGUUCAUGUUUGUCAUAUGUGUUUGCAGGUGUUGUGUUCUAGCUGUUUUCAUAUAAAUUAAAUACACUUGUUCUGUGAAAUGUUACAUGUGUAUGUGGAGGAUUCAGAAUUCUCAAGUAGACCAGCAAGUGGAAUAGGCUAAAAUGAGUACAACUUGCCAGCAAGUAGCAUAUAUUUUGGUCUCCUUUUGUUUAUUGAUAGCAUGAAUGAACAAGCAUACCGAGAAUUAUUCUUGGAGGGCCAGUCUUGCAUAGCAAUGCUUACUGUAUAUACUGCUUAGCAGUCUCAAUCGGGGUUCAUGUGGAAACUCACGAAAUAAGCAGGAUAGAUCAUAUUUUUCGUGCUGCUGAAAGUAGAUUGUUCUUUUUGUUUUUUAAAGCACUAUGCUGGCACACAAAUGAGUCUGGAGAUGACCAAUUAAUCGAGAUCUUGUUGCAAAAGAGAUAGAAUUGUCCUGUGUGUGAGAUCCCUGAAGGAUUAGGGCAUUCCCUGAGGGUGUUUGUAGAGCAGGUUACAGCUACCUCCCUUCUGGUUUCAAUUUCACUGGCUUGAAAUUGUCAGUUUUGUUUUAGUUCUUUUUCCUGUGUUUAAAAAAAUACAAAAAGUAAAAAAAAAAACAUUUGUUGCGACUGAUAUGAGUGAUAAAAAAAUGUAAAAGAAAAAUACUGCACGGUCCAAAAUGAGAUGCAAAAUAUGAUAUGGUUUUAAAGGGAUAUAAUGUAAUUAAUUGUGAAGGGAAGAGCUAUAUCCAUGAAGGUGGUAUUGGCUUGAAGCAUGUUUAUCAAUCUUGUGCAUUAACAUCUUUCCCAGUGCGCAAGAUUUGUUUUUACUGCAACAUUUUUGUGUGAUUGUGCGUAUAUUAGACAAAAAAUGGACACAAAUAGUUGUUUGCUACCAGUAUUUCAAUGAGUUCUAGUUACUGCUAUCAGAAUUGUUACCACAGCCAUAUACAUUGAUUCCAGAAAGCUGCUAGUAGCUUAAUAUAAAAUGCAAAAUUGCUCAAAAUCUACUUCAUUUUACUGCAAUACCAUUUUUCCAUAGGCACAAACCAACUACUGCUCUCACCUUAUUUUCCAAUACAUGUUUACUCAUUAAACAGGCUCCAUGCACUUGUAUCAGUCAGUUUAAAAUUUCAGAAUGCAUAACUGAAAUAUUAAAAUAAAAUAAAAUAGUUAUAACAUAUGUACGUGAAUCACUCACUAACAAAAUUCUGGGGGUAAUUGGCUUCUUACAAAUCCAAAAACAAAGAAAUGCUACUCUAAACAAGAAUACAAUUAAAUGGGUAAGAGUGAGCACACAGACCUUUAAAUCCGCAGAAUAUUGUUCACCAAGUUGGAAUAGAAUGUAUCAGUCUAUAAAUAUGCAGAAGUGCAUCAAUCUAUAAAUCUAUAGUAUGCAGAAGCACAUCAAUCUAUAAAUCUAGAGUAUGCAGCAGUGCAUCAAUCUAUAAAUCUAUAGUAUGCAGAAGUGCAUUCAUUUAUAAAUAUGUAGCAUGAGAAGUGCAUCAAUUUAUAUAACUAUAAUAUGCAGAAGUGCAUCAAUCUAUAAAUCUGUAACAUACAGAAGUGCAUCAAACUAUAAAUCAAUAAUACAGUAUACAGGAGGGCAUCAAUUGAUAAAUCAAUAGUAUGCAGAAGUGCAUCAAUCUAUAAAUCUAUAAUACGCAGAAGUGCAUCAAUCUAUAAAUCUAUUGUAUGCAGAAGUUCAUCAAUCUAUAAAUCUAUAACAUACUGAAGUUCAUCAAUUAAUAAGUCUAUAAUAUGCAGAGAUACAAAUUUACUCUUACUAAGCAUUCCCCUGAUUUUUUUUUUAUAAUUUGCAGACUAUAGUUUUUACACUGUUAGAAGUAUCUAUUCACCAACAAAUACAGUUCUUGGCAAAAUAAUUGAGAUCCCUUUUUUUCCAAACUUUCUGGAUUACAGGCGAUACUUACACAUAUUUUUCACAUUUGUAUUUUAUGGCAAGCGCAUAUUUUUUAAAUAAGUUUAGUUUGUACAAAACUAAAAAGUGAAUUACGCUGCUUUUAUACUCUUUCAGACCCACGCACAUUCAUAUUUGGCAGAGGUACUUUUUGCUACAAGUUUUAGGUCUUUUGGGGUAAGGGUCUGGAAGCUUUGCACACAUACAGUACAGUGAUUUUCAUCCAUUUCCCUUGGAUGCUGAUGCUUAUCAGGGACAUUGUGACACCAGCCACAACCAAAUCACUAAAAACUAGUUGUUGUUUUUUCACGAUCACGGGCAUGUAAAUACAUAGGUCCACGACUUUUCACGGAUCUUAUGUAUUUCGGGGGGAUAAUAUGCAUAAGUUUGCUGAAAUGUGGUUAGGUAUAUAGUCUAUGCUUCAAGAGAGUGACAUUAUUGAGGUUGGAAAACUUUGUUCAGAUCAAUGGGAGAAAUUGGUGGGACUAAAAGCAUGCCUUGUUAUAUGUGAAUCAAGUAUAUGAGUGGGGAUCUGGUCAGGAUCCUGGCUGUCAGAAUGCCAACGAUGGAAUCCUGACACUGCUAUGAAUUCUGGCGCAGACACCCUGACAAGGUUUACAAACCCACCACCAGGAUCCCAACAGCUCGGAUCCCGCCAGAGAGGUAAGCAGCGUGGGGGUUGGGGGCAGGUUAGGUUUUGGCUGUGGGGGAAG